CAACGACACCAAUUUUCUCUCUGUGAACUUGAAUCGGGAAUUUUCCAGCGCACCCGCCAGGAAAAAAGAACCACUCUCUUUCUCUGAUUUUAGGGUUUCCGGUGUAUCGUCCUUUAUGUUUCCUCCAAACUCUCUCCAUAUCAGACCUGGAUUUCUCUAAUCACUUCAGUUUUGUGUAAUCGGUUCCUUAUAUACUCUAAUCAUCGACGAAAUUAGGGUUUGUUUUUUUGAAAAAUAAGAAAUUAUGUUCAUAAUCUCUUCAUCCUCCCCUGUCGUUUCCGUCGUCUUCUUUCAAAAUCUCCGUGUUUUUGGACCCGGUUUGAAUCCAUUUGCUCCUUAUUGCAUUGCCAAUCAUUCCUGUGCUUCUCGCUAAUUUCUCAUCUUCAAUAAAUAAAACAUGUAAAUUAUUGGUUUUUUCUCCAUCGUCACCUUCUAAUCCUUCUCAAAAUUUUAGGGUUUUUAAUUGUUGAGUUUUUCCUCAAAGAUUGCGUGUUGGUGAUUGUUUUUGAUCUGUGAUUGAUAAAUUGGAAGGAAGAGAAAAAAAAGUAUGCCCCAGGAGCGUUUCGAACCCGUUUCAAUUUUGUUGCCGCGUAAUUUGUCUAAAAGACGGAGUUUUAGGUCAAGGGUUGAUAGGGAUGAUCGCGGUUGGACAUUGCUUCAUAUCGGUGCUCGAAAAGGUGAUCUCAAAGAGGUGAAACGAUUACUAGAUGAAGGAAUGGAUGUUAAUGCGCCUGCAUGGGGUCCCAAAUCAAAAGGGGUGACCCCUCUCCACCUAGCUGCCGAGGGAGGCCACCUUGAGGUUAUGGAUGAAUUGCUUGAGCGUGGUGCUGACAUUGAUGCUAGAACCUGGGGUGCUUGUGGCUGGACUCCACUUCAUAGUGCAGCAAAAGAAAGGAAGAAGGAAGCAGUCAAAUUCCUUAUUGAGAAUGGGGCAUUCUUGCCGGAUGACAUAAAUGAUAUCAGAUUUAAUCCACCACUCCAUUACUGCCCUGGUCUUGAAUGGGCGUAUGAAGAGCUGAAGCGGCAGCAGAGAGAAAACCUGUCAGCAGGUGAGGCAUCCUACAGCUCUGAAAUCUAAUGUGCUCUCAUUAGCAGGGCCAUGUUGCUUCUUGUGAUAUACUAAACGUUCUAUGAUUUCUGAAUCUGUUGUAAGACAUACAAGUAAGUUUGUAAGUGUUUGAAAGUGUUGGACUUUUUUUAAAUACUCUCCGAUAAUAAUGUUGAAGUGAAUGGUGGCUUGUGUUCUUCAAGUUUUUCCCUAUAAGCAGGCUGUAUCUGCUGAUCUGUAGACACAUGGGGAGAUAUGCAGUGAUUGGUUAUGGUUUGUUUUUAUUUUUUUGGUAUUGUGAGGUCCAAUAGGACCUGAGUUGAUUGCCUUACCUUGGUUUUGAAUUUAUUUAUGGUUAAAGAAAAUAAAUAUCAAGAGGUUAUCCUGUUUCA